UGUAAUGUUUACAAGGGAAAGAGAGGAGUUAUUGAAUAAAUUGAGAAAUAUAGAUUGAAUCAAUUUCAACUUACCAAACCUAUUGAAUUGUGCCUCAGGACAGUUAAAAAUACAAAGAGAAAUACUUCAUUAUCUCAGGAAGACAGGAUUGGAAAAUAGGAUUUAAUGAACAUAUUAUAUAAAGAGGGGCCCCCCCCCCACCCUUCUUAUCAAUGCUUCACACUCCAGUCCAGUUGGUGGCGCUAAUACACAAUAAAUCAACCGCCAUUAAACAACACAAGAAGAAGACGUUGUAGCAGAAGAGGAGCUAUUCACUAUAGCACACGAAUUUGUCGAUGUGGGUCAUUUUGGUAGAAAUUUUUGUGUCUUUUUAAAUGUUUGAACAUGGAGCAGAAGUUAGCAGAGUUCAGAGUCCGGAGGAAAGUCGAGAAGCAAGCAACGAAACCCGGAAAUCCACCUGAAAGUUGUUGCCCUGAGACGCGCACAGCUCCGAAUGACGUCACCAAGUCCACGGAGUCAAACCUGAGAGUAAAAAAGGAAAACAGAGACUGGUUGCUGGACAGUGCUGUUGGUCGCUGGCUCGGUGUGCAGCGUUUGGCUGUUACUAAUCUGACCAUGCUGAAGGUGUUACUGUGGCUUGUGUUGCUGGGUCUCUUCUCUGAGCUGGACUUUGGGCUGCCCUUCUUUCUCCUGUCUCUGUUUUACUGGCUCUAUGAAGGUCUACGGAGUCCAGUGGAAAGAAGGCCUGGUGAGCUGAGCGCCUAUUCAGUGUUUAACCCCGACUGUCAGCCCAUCCUGGGCACACUGACUGCAGAACAGCUGGAGGGAGAGAUGGGUUACAGACCAUUAAACAACAGGGUGAAUACGUAACACACUACCGACAAACUCUCAGACUGGCUUCAGUAUAAACAUGGCUGAAGUUUGGAUCGCACUAUAGAAAGAUAUAAUGUAUUUUGUCUGGCCAAAAUACAUUAUAUCUAUCUAAUAUCUAUAUAUUAAAAUGUGAAUGUGUUACACGUGUAACACAUUCACAUUUUAUUAAAUGAAUCAACUUAAGGAAAUUAAUGAAGAGCUCUUGAGUAUUAGGUGAUAUCCUAUACUAAGCCUUCUUGUGCCAAAGUUAAUUUUAACUAAGUUAGGUGUGUAUAUACAUGGCAGUAGUUUGAUGAUGAUUGAUGUUUAAUGAUCAUGAUGUUUAUUAGGAUAAAAAAAAAAAAAUCUAAUAUUUUAACCCUUACAUGCAUCAAUUGUGACAACCUAAAUCAGGUUUAUUGUUGUUAUUUUUCUUUAAAGGUAAAAAUAAAAAAACUAUGGUACUUGAUGCAUUUGAAUGUUCUAUAUCAAGUAAUAUUCUACUGAAGAGAGCACACGAUUAUUUGAAAAUUAAGAACAUCGGUCUGAUAUCCAGUGUCAGUAUUGGUCCCUGUAACAAACGGAGCCUGGAAUUUGGAAAAGAAAUUUAGUUCUGGAUCUGGAAAUAAGAUAUAAAGAGACUUUUGUUAUGGUUAAUUUGAUAACAUUUAUACUUUAUUAUAUUUACAAUGCCCGUUAUUGGAAAAAAAAACAAAAAGCAAACACAUUUUAAAACUCAGUAGUUAUAACAAACUUCAAAGCUGGGCAAGGAGGAGGCACGAACCGGCUGAAUGGAAAUGUAAUGUUUAAUCAUAAAUAGAACAUAAAUCACACGUGCAUCUCUCGCUCUCUCUCUCACACAGCUGCUCCUUUAUCGCUCUCUCCCACUGAUUAUUAGAGAACUCGGUGGCAGGCGUGUGUCCUCACAGCCUGGCCUCUCCCUCCUCCUCGUCACACUAGUUUUUCAUAGAAUGGGUAUCAGUAUCAGCUGAUACUCAAUGUGGUUUGGAAUUAGUAUUGCAAAAGAAAGUUGUAUCACGGCAUCUCUACAUACGUUUACAUGUGAAAAAGACGCAUUGUUGUUUACUUUAUCAUUUACUUUUUACUUUUAUACUUGUGUGGUAAAAAGAUUCCAAAAACACUGUGAGUUGCGCUAGCUGAGACGAUCUGCAACUGGUGUUGCAAUGUCCAGUUAGUAUAUUCAGGUCUGAAUACUUGUUAAUAUUUUUUGGAUUAAUAAAUAAUUAAAUAAAUAAA